CUUCAAGUACCUUGGAGUCCUUGUUCUUUUACACAUUAAUCUUUCUAUCACUGACCUUCUUAUCUCAAUUGUUCUUUAGGGCUGCAGGGUUCUGGUUGAUGCACGGGACAAACUGGGGAUCCCUUGGCAGUACACCGAAAAUGAGAAGCAUGGAAUGUUUUUGAUGGCUUUUGAAAACAAAGCUGGAAUGCCCGUGGAGCCUGCCACCUUCCAGCUGUAUGUACCUGCACUGGGUGCACUGUGGAGGGAUUCGGGAAUCAAGGAAGCCUUCAGCCGUCGGAGCGAGUAUCAGCUGGGUGAAUCGGUGAAAUACUUCCUGGAUAACCUGGAUCGGAUCGGUCAACUGAAUUAUUUUCCCAGCAAACAAGAUAUUUUGCUGGCUAGAAAAGCCACCAAGGGGAUAGUAGAGCAUGAUUUCAUCAUUAAAAAAAUACCCUUCAAGAUGGUGGAUGUAGGUGGACAGAGAUCUCAGCGUCAAAAGUGGUUCCAGUGCUUUGAUGGAAUAACUUCAAUUUUGUUUAUGGUCUCCUCCAGUGAAUACGAUCAGGUUCUCAUGGAAGACAGGCGCACAAAUAGACUUGUGGAGUCCAUGAAUAUCUUUGAGACAAUAGUCAAUAACAAGCUUUUCUUUAAUGUUUCUAUUAUCCUAUUCCUCAACAAGAUGGAUCUUCUUGUAGAGAAGGUAAAGACUGUCAGCAUUAAGAAGUAUUUCUCGGACUUCAAAGGCGACCCUCACAGGCUAGAUGAUGUUCAACGUUACCUGGUGCAGUGCUUUGACAGAAAGAGGAGAAACCGUAGUAAGCCCCUCUUUUUCACCACUGCCAUAGACACUGAAAACAUCCGCUUUGUGUUUCAUGCCGUGAAGGACACGAUCCUUCAGGAGAAUCUGAAGGAUAUUAUGUUGCAGUGA